AAGCCACCUCAAAUAGCUUACGUGGACAUUACCUUCCUCACUUUUGCCCCCCCUUCUCCUCAUCAACUGACAUAAACGAACUCAAUCUCCACCGAACCAGUUCAUAUAUUUCAAAAAUUCCCAAGAUGAAGCCAAUUUUGGAGAUCGGCUAAUAUUUGCAUCGUUGUUUUGAUCCAACACCCGCAUUAUAUUAUUACCAAGAACCUUGUCUUUAAUUUAAAGGCGAUGAAUCCGUUUGUACCGGAAGGCUUUGAUCGACAACCACCGCAACCAAUGGAGGGAUUACACGAAGUUGGUCCACCUCCGUUUCUGACCAAGACAUUUGAGAUGGUUGAUGAUCCAAACACAGACCAGAUCGUAUCUUGGAACAGAGGAGGCACUAGUUUUGUCGUUUGGGAUUUGUAUUCUUUCUCUACGAUUCUUCUCCCUCGACACUUCAAACACUGCAAUUUCUCAAGUUUCAUCAGACAGCUCAAUACUUAUGGUUUCAGAAAGAUAGAAGCUGAGAGAUGGGAAUUUGCAAACGAAGGGUUCUUGGUGGGACAAAGACACUUACUGAAGAACAUCAAGAGAAGAACCACUUUCACCACUUCAUCAUCAUCAUCAUCAACAACUCCAUCAAGCCAUGACGCUGCUUGCAACGAGCUCCGCAGGGAGAAGCAGGUGCUAAUGAUGGAGCUGAUGAGUUUGAGACAGCAGCAGCAGACAACGAAAAGCUACGUCAAAGCUAUGGAACAGAGGAUAGAAGGAGCUGAGAUGAAACAGAGGCAGAUGAUGUCGUUCUUGGCUAGAGCAAUGCAGAGCCCUUCGUUUCUGCAUCAGCUGCUCAAACAGAGAGAUAAAAGGAUUAUGGAGAUCGAUGAUGAGACAGCAAAGAGGAAAAGAGGUUCUUCUUCGGUGUCGGAACUGGAGGCUCUGGCUCUGGAGAUGCAAGGCUAUGGGAAACAGAGGAUUAUGUUGGAAGAAGAUGAUCAUCAUUUAGUGGUAGAGAGAGAGUUGGAUGAUGGUUUCUGGGACGAGCUGCUUAGUGACGAGAGUUUGGCUUCUACUUCCUAACAAGAUGGAUCCCUUUUGGUUUUAGUUGUACUUUUGAAGCUCACUUUCUUCUUUCACAAGAACCUUGUUUUUUAUUGUUUUGUUUUGUUUUGUCUUAUGUUGUUUUACAAUAAUUUGUUAUCAAAUAAUUAGUAAUUUAGUAGUGUAAACUAGAAAACGGUAAUGAUUAUUUUAUUUAUGUAUGUAAUGUGAUAAAUAUGGUUGUCGUUAACUGUAGAAUUGGGCACUGAACCCUGGACCUAUUGAUGUUGUUGGAUGAUCUCUUUCUCUGUU